CCGGCAGAAAGAAUCAACUUGCUACAAACAAUAUCCCUAUAUUAUUUUACGCUUUAUCAUUCUAUGGGGCACCGCUUCGUGGAAACGGUGUCAAUUACGCUAAGCGUAAUGAUUUAACGUAAUGUCCAUUGUUGCCAACAUUGCUAAGGAAAUUGUACCUUCAUAACCGCAUGAAUAUAUUUCGUAUAUACCACACUUUUAUAGAUUAGUUUGUUAUUCAUUUUUAUACAAAAACAAAAUAAAAUUUUACCGAAUAUAUGUUAUUAUUUACUCUUCUUGGUACUGGAUGACUAGGUAUUAAGGAAGACAAGUCAGGUGACAACAUGAAAAUAUAGUGCAGCACCACAUCUAGUCUCUGCAAACGGCUUAAUAACUGGAAAUAUCAUUCCGGUUAUUGGGAUCCAUUGUCAUCCUCGUCGUUCUUCGUACCUUUAGAUAAGCAAAUUGGAUUCUUCGAUAUGGUGGCAUUUUCAGAGCAGCUGAAGUUGCUUCUUUGGAAAAAUUGGAUCCUGAGAAAACGCCACAAGACGCGAGUAUUUAUGGAAUUUGUAUGGCCACUCAUCCUCUUUCUCAUUUUGAUGUGGGUGCGAACACGAGGAUUGAAACAAAAUCGUCCGAAUUGUCAUCUUGUUGAAAAAGCGCUACCUUCAGUGGGAGGAUUCGAGUUUUUUCAAAACUUUUUGUGUACAUUGAAUAAUACGUGCCACAAAGACUACGUAGAAAAUGAUGGCAAUUUAAUUUGGGAAAAUUCGAUGUUCAUGAAAUUAAUCAGUGAUAGUACACCGUUGUUAAAUGAUAUAGUAUCGGCCCCAAAAGGAAUCAAUACGGUGGCUGCGAUAUGGACGGACAUCACCGGCCUGAUGCAAAUAAUUGGUGGAUUUGCUUCAAAAGCUGAAACUCACAGAAUUGGGACGGUCAAGCUUAAAGAAUUAAUGGGAAAGUAUGGUCAGAAAGCAUUUGUAGAGGUGGUUUCGACGUACACUUCACUUUCGUCUUCAGAGGCCACCAAACUCUUGGAAUCUGAUAUUUUUCUGGAUCAUGUGGAUUCUUCAUCUAUGAACGAAAUCGUCAAUUACUUUAAUGCGAAAAAUUGCACUACUAUACGGACCGAUUUCGCCAUUAUAAAAUUCGACAAUGCUGAAUUGGUUCGUGAUAUAUGUCUCAUGGAUCAGCAGCAGAAACAGCUUCUGGCCUUUUUCUCCUUCAGAUAUUUAGAUAACAACGGUCUCGUUGAGAAGCUGAAAAGUAAAAGUGAGCUGGACAAUUUUAUAGAACAGGAGGACAAGGUGUCAAAACUGCUAGAGUAUGACAUAGGAAUUCUGACCACUCUCAUGAAAUUAAAUACCGUACUGACAAAUUUUGGAAGCCACUUCUCCAAAUUCUCAUCCUUGAACGGUACAAAUUUAAUCACAGCCCUUAUGUUUGAAGGACUAUGUGGAGUAGAAGUGAAAGGAAACAGGUCAUCUUACGGCUUUGAUCCUGGUUCUGCAAAUAGGUUUGAUAGUCUCCGUGAUAGACUCAAAGACUGGAAUCCUGAUCAUCACUAUGAAAUUGAUCCAGAGAUUUCUCCAAUUUGUAAUUCGAUGUUCCAACGUUUGGAGUCAAUGCCAUUUACUGCUCUUUUAUGGCGUCAGGUGAAACCAUUUGUUAGGGGUGUGAUCCAUUAUGCACCAAUUACAAAAUUUACUGAGAGUGUUAUGCAGAAAGUCGAUGAAAAAUUUAGUCAACUGCAAGACAUGGAAGUCGGAGUCAACUCUCUCGUUAGAGUAUUGCAUCGUGCGCGUCGGGGACUUCGAACAUACUACGACCAAAUAAAUCAAACUCUGAUUGUUGUUAGCGAUGAGAAAAACUUGAAUAUUGUACUAAGUCUAUUAGGAUUCAAUCCACCAGAAACUGCUAAAGUACAGAUAAUCGAGACACUCAAGCAGAUAAUGUCAUCAGAUGUGGAAACUACGCUGGAGAAACUAGAUUUUGUUCUUGAACUACUCUCAGAAGUUAUCAGUUGUAUCAAGUACAAUAAGACAAUUGGAUUUGCGACUGAAUUGGAAGCAGUAAAUGAGGGAAGCAAACUCUUGUCAGCAGAGAAAUUGUGGGCCGUUGUUAUAUUUGAAAAUGUUGAGGAUUCGGAUGGAAAUGAAACAGAUGUCCAACACUUGAAAUAUAAAAUAAGGAUGGAUAGUGACAAAGUUGACGGCACUCGUAUAGCUAGAGAUAGGCUGACCAGCAAAACUCCACGACGUCGACCUGCUUUUGAUCUAAAAUAUAUUACUAACGGAUUUAUAUAUCUUCAAGAAAUGAUUGAGCACAGUGUCAUUGAAUUGCUAUCGGGAAAAAGUUUGCCAACGUUCUCGACAUACUUGCAACAAUUCCCAUAUCCUUGCCAUAUUUAUGAUCAAUUUAUCCGCGCAAUUUCAAGAACCUUUCCUCUAUUCAUGGUUCUGUCCUGGGUCUACGCCUCCUCAAUGAUCGUAAAAUCUGUCGUAAUGGAGAAGGAACUAAGACUGCGGGAAGUAAUGAAAGUAAUGGGUCUUGGCAACGGAGUGAUAUGGUGUGGGUGGUUUAUUGAUAGCUUUGUGGUUAUGUCUAUCUCAGCAACUGUUUUGACAAUUAUUUUGAAAUUUGGGAAGGUCAUUGAAAAUUCAGACGUUACGCUGAUUUGGGUUUUCAUGAUAAGUUACACCGUUGCGACAAUAAGCUUCAGCUUUUUUAUUUCCACCUUUUUUGCUCGAGCUAAUUCUGCGGCCGCCGCAGGUGGAAUCUUAUUUUUUGUGUCAUACUUACCUUACAAUAUGCUAUUGAUCUGGGAGGAAAAUCUGUCUUGGUACCAUGUCUUGAGCAGCAAUCUCAUAUCAAAUGUUGCUUUCGGGUUUGGGUGCACAUAUUUAUCCCGACUCGAAGAAGACGGGAUUGGAGCUCAAUGGGAUCGGAUAACUCUGCAAACUCUUCCAGGAGACGAUUUCAAUCUAAGCUACUGCAUUUUAAUGUUAUGGGUUGAUAGCUUCUUGUAUUGUGCUCUGACGUGGUAUAUUGAAGCAUUGUAUCCCGGUGCGUCAGGUGUUCCCAAACCAUGGAAUUUCUUCCUGAAACGUUCGUAUUGGAAAGGUCGGACCAAACCCAGAACAAAUCCAACAAAUCCAGUUAUGUACCAAACGGUGCCAGGGUCCCAGAGUGUCACAGAUUACGAUCAACCAAUUAUUGAACAAGAGCCAGAGGGCCUAACGACCGGGGUUUCGGUGAAUCGGCUAGGUAAAACUUAUUCUAAUGGGAAAGUUGCUUUGGAGGACUUAUCCAUCAACUUUUAUGAAAACCAAAUAACAUCAUUUUUGGGUCAUAAUGGAGCGGGGAAAACGACAACGAUCUCGAUUCUGACGGGAUUAUUUCCGGCAAGCACUGGCACUGCAAGGAUAUAUGGUCUAGAUAUUCACAAAGAUAUGGACUCCAUUCGACAUGGAACAGGAAUUUGUCCCCAGUACAACACCUUAUUCGAUAGAUUGACAGUUUUGGAGCAUAUGCAAUUUUACGCUGGCCUUAAGGGAAAGUGGGACGAAUCAUUUGAAGAUGAAUUUACCAAAAUGAUCACCGAUCUUGGAAUUCCACAUAAAAGAGAUGAACUCCCCAAAAAUUUGUCUGGUGGGAUGAAACGUAAAUUAUCUGUGGCUUGCAGUUUUAUUGGGGGUUCGAAACUCAUCGUUCUUGACGAACCUACAAGUGGCGUCGAUCCUUUCAGCAGAAGGUCAAUUUGGGAACUUUUGCUAAAAUAUAAGCAAGGACGCACGAUAAUUCUGACCACACAUUUUAUGGACGAGGCUGAUAUUUUGGGUGACCGGAUCGCGAUAAUAUCUCAAGGAAAAUUGAAAGCCUGUGGAAGCAGUUUAUUUCUAAAAUCGAAAUUUGGACUUGGAUACUCCUUACGCUUGGUGCGACAAGACCCUGGGGUACAAUUAGCUAACCAGAUGCAGCACACUCCCUUGACUGUAGAAGAAUCUGUGGAUAAGAAGGCAGCAUCCAGAGCACAGUCAUUUCGACAGGGCGAGAUCAUGACUAGUUUUAUUAAGCAGAGCGUUCAAAAUGCAAUUUUGAUUGAAGACGUAGGCUCAGAAUCAGUAUUUCUACUGCCAUAUUCUUCUAUUCAGGGAUUUCCCAGUCUUUUUCAAAGAAUCGAUGACAAUUUUCAAUAUCUUGGAAUAACGAGCUACGGUAUGUCUGAUACGACACUCGAAGACGUAUUUUUGAAGAUAACUAUUCAAGAUAUAGAAGCAAGCCCCGAGUCAUUCCAUGCAUUGGAUGGAAAAUGCAAACGAAGAGCAAUGGAAAUGAUUAGAAAGUUUAGGGACCAAGUAAAACGAAAGAAGGACAUGCCCUCCCUGCCAGAAAGUGUUGCUGACGGAGCUAGGCCACCUAUUGUGACAAUUGUUGUCGAUCCAACGAUGCCAACAAUUGAGGCUUCGCAUAUACGUAGUAAUGGAUCCGUUGCUCCUUCUGUGUUAUUAUCUCAAGCGUCGUUGUCACAAGUGGAUAUCGAUGGAAAUCUUCUUGCAUGCUCUGAUGAAAAUGGGACCAAUUCAGCUAAUAGUGCUAAUACCUCUCUGCUCGAAGAAAAUAUGUUUGCGGAUGAGUUUCCUGUGAAAUCCAGUGACAAGAAUUAUUCACCGUGCUGUUUGGCGUGCAUUCAAAUUAGGACAAUUUUCUUGAAGAGGCUAUGGAAUUCUAAUCGAAAUAGGAAAGCAAUGUUUUUUGAGAUAGUCCUUCCGGCUGUUUUUAUUGCAAUUACCUUGGCGUUCACUUUAAUUCUACCUCCUGCUACCGAUGAGCCAGCCAGAGAACUAACGCCAUGGACUUAUCCAGGCCCAAAUUUAAUUUUCUUUUCCGACAAACAAAACAAUGCUAAAGAUGUUGACCAGUUGCUCUCCUUCAUAAACGGCUUAUUGGGCCCUCAGGGGAUGGGGACUCCAUGCGUAAAGGAUGAACUAUUUCGCGAAAUUUGUGACCAUAAAUAUUGGUCCAAUACAACUAAGCUCAAAGUAGCUAAAUUCAAAGAUCAAAGGCUGAAAUAUAUUGGACAAGCAUUUGAACAGUGUUCUUGUGAAACCGGAUCAUUGCAGUGUCCAAGCAGUGUUAUGGCAAAUGACUUGCCAAGAAUAGAGGCUCCUACGAAAGACAUGAUUUACGAUGUCAGUCAAAUCAACAUCCCGGAGUGGAUCGAAAAAACAUACCGUAAUUAUGAAACCUCGAGGCAUGGUGGAUUCGAGUUGCAAGUCCGAGAGAAAUUGGUGACUAGUGUCACUGGAUUUUUGAGACUGAUUGAUCAACUAACAGAUCUGCGUCCAAAUCCACAAAGUAUUUCAUCCGAUGAGGACGAAGAUUUUUUUGCUGCUGCUGAUGACAAUAAGAAACGCAAGCCGCAAAUCCCCACUUAUAAGGUGUGGUAUGAAAAUAGGGCAUGGGUAUCAUCAGUCUCGUAUCUCAAUGCAAUGCACAACAUUAUCUUGAGGGAAUCUUUACCAGAUAACGUCAGUAUUGAAGAAUAUGGAAUUACUGUGACCUCCCAUCCUCUCCCACUUACAAAGUCACAAGCGAAUAAAGAGUCACUGAAAACCGCUGGACUUGGAGUGAUUCAUGCCGUGUGCAUUAUUUUUGCACUCAGUUUUGUUCCUGCGUCAUUUACAGUGUAUUUGAUUGAAGAACGCAAAAACGGAGCAAAACACUUGCAUUUGGUUUCCGGUGUAAAACCAAUAACUUACUGGAUUUCUAAUUUACUUUAUGACUUGACAAAAUAUCUCGUACCGGCAAUACUGUGCUUAAUAUUGUUUGUCAUCUUCGAUGCCAAGGCGUACAUUGGGUCAUCAAGCGUAUUGUCCUUCAUUUGUCUUUUACUGUUAUAUGGAUGGGCGUCUAUACCAGCCAUGUAUCCAUUCAGUUUCUGGUUUAGUGUCCCUUCAACGGCUUUCGUAGUUUUAGCCUGUAUGAAUCUAUUCAUCGGUGUAAUGACGACAGUCAGUACAUUUGUUCUGGAGCAGUUUGGAGAUGAAGAGCUCGAAAGGAUCGGAGGAAUUUUAAAACAAGUUUUCUUGGUAUUUCCACAUUACUGUCUUGGAAGAGGACUGAUGGAGCUUGUUCGGCUAGAUUUGGAAUCGAUCGCAAUUUCGAAAAUCGGACUUUCUUCAGGAACCCCAAAGGAUAGAUUCGAAUGGGAUUAUCUUGGCAAAAUGCUAUUUUGUUUAACCAUCCAAGGGUGUAUAUUCUUCUUGUUCAACAUAUGUUUCGAAUAUCGUCAACUAUGUUACUUCUUGUUCAAAAAGAACCGUCCCCCAGUGCCGGUUGAUGAAAAUGAGGAUGAAGAUGUCUUGAAAGAAAAGAAUCGCGUUUUAAGUCAGCCAAAUUUGGAAUCAACAUUGCGAGCUGAGAAUUUGACAAAGUACUAUUCCGGAAAGAAGCAUGCUGCUGUAAACGGCCUAACCUUUGCUAUCGAAAAGGGCGAGUGUUUUGGACUUUUAGGGGUCAAUGGAGCAGGAAAGUCAAGUAGUUUCAAGAUGUUAACCGGAGAUGUGAGGAUAACUUCAGGACGAGCUAAAAUAUGUGACGCUGACGUCGAGACAAAUUUAGAUGCUGCAAGACGACAUUUUGGUUAUUGUCCACAAGAGGACGGGCUAGAUAGCCUUUUAGAUGCAUAUGAAUUAUUGACUAUCUAUGGAUUGCUUCGAGGGAUGACUAAAUCUGAGACCAGUGUUGCAGUAAGCAGGCUCAUUCGGACGCUGGGCUUGAGUAGCUGUGCUAAACGUCGGUGCGGGACAUUUUCCGGCGGAAAUAAACGCAAACUAUCAACUGCAAUCGCGCUGAUUGGAGAUCCAGAUGUGCUAUUUUUGGAUGAACCUACUUCGGGAAUGGACCCCUUGUCGCGAAGAAAAUUUUGGAAAGUAAUUUUAAGAUUGGUGAAGAAUGGCAAAUCUGUCCUACUGACAUCCCACUCAAUGGAGGAGUGUGAAGCAUUAUGUACCAAAGUAGCAGUUAUGGUCAACGGUCAAUUUCAAUGUCACGGAAGCCUACAACAUCUUAAGAAUAGAUUUGGGGACGGAUAUAUGAUCGAUGUAAGAUGUCCAAAGGAUAAGCAGGAAGCAUUAUUGUUGAGGCUUGAUGAAUCCCUUAAGUCGGCUCGAGUGGAGGAUCGUCAUUUCUGCCAAAUUAAAUUUAUUCUUCCCCAGCUCGAGUCGAAGCUAACUGUGUUGUUUAAUGUGAUGGAAGGUUUAAAGGAAGACGGUCUCAUCGACAGUUACUCCGUCAGUCAAACUACACUUGAUGAUAUUUUUGUAAAGUUCGCUUCUUUACAAAAGGAUGAUAUGGACCGAUGAGACUAUAUUGUGACACACAUAUAAUUGACGGUGCUCUUGACGCGUAAUACUGCAUAUGCAAGUAUUCACUUCCACAAAAGAAAACAACUGUGAUUUGUGUAUUAUACAUUAAUCGAAAAUGAGAAUCAUAUAAAAAUGUACCUUUCAUGUAUUUACACUGAAAUCAAUCGUCAUUCUAAUACAAAUAUUCCUACACUACGUUGAGUCGAUUUGAAUUCUUAUUAAAAACUGUUACCUAUGCUACUCUGACACUGUGAUGUAAUGGUCUUUGUAAUUACAUCAUUAAUUUGCAAUUCAGUUUAUAGUUCCAAUUUUAACUUUUAAAUAUUUAAUAUUUUAACUAUUUCUAGUCUACAUUAAUUAUUAGCUAUGACAUGUCAACGCAAAUGACAAAAGAACGGUUGAUCUGAUAUGAAAGUAUUAUUAUUUCGGUAGAAAUAAAACCACGUAUGCAAAAAAAA